AUGUGGAUGCUCUUGGUAGUGGGUACCUUUUUGGGGUUAGGGUUAGGGUCAGAGAGCCCUUCCCCCAGGGUCCAGACCCUGCACAGCCUUCACUGCCCAUCGUGUGAACGUAUUCACUGUGCUCCACGCAGGGCCCUCAAACUCCAGUGCAAGGGUGGUGUCACGACCGGCAUCUGCGGGUGCUGCCCGGCGUGUGCCCGGACAGUCGGGGAGAGUUGUGGAGGAACGUGGGACUAUCUGGGCAAGUGUGACAAGGGUCUGGUGUGUGUUUACCAAGAGUCCACUGAUGGCAAACCAGAUGCAGAGCAAAAUGGAAUCUGUAAAGCAGCUCUUGAGUCCCUGGAUGUGGAGAGCUGUCGCCCAGAGUGCACCUUGGAGUACUGCCAGGCCAACCCCUCCGAGAUCUGCUCAGCCAGGUCAGUGUUGCUGGAGAAGCAACAUUGCCACGGCCCUUGUCAGCACACCUCCUGCUCCAGCUGUGUAGUGCUAAGACCCCCAUCCUGCUCCCAAACAUGCCCUCCCUCGGACCCGUCCUGCCUGCAUCGUUUUGGGAGGUGUGUUCACAACCACAUGCUAGCCCCCCAUAACCCUAUCUGCCACCAGAACCUGCAGACAAAUAUUCAAGGACACUUUCUCUGCUUCGUGCCCGCCUGCCCAAAUGCAGUAAACUGAUGCUUUGCGACUAAAGAAAAGUCCUAGUAGUGAACCUUCACUGAAAUGUAGCAGUAAAACAGAUGGCAGCUAUUUUUCUAAACUGUAUUGGUAUAACUUGAUAAUGACUUAUGCAUUGAUCUACUUUCAAAUGAAUUUGUACACUUAUCAUGAACAGAAUUAGACAGUUUUACAAUAUCAUAGUAUUAUCCUUUUAUGUAGCCCUCAUACUUGCCAAAUUGAGUGUAGACUUGCAAUGUGUGCUGUUAUUUCAUUGUUUUGUGUUUAUCACAACUGCAACUAAACUCUACUUGACCUUUA